UAGGCCUAUUGCCAAUUAGUCUGUCAACGGAGAAAGAAAAAAUCUCCAUUGUGACACUUAGUUGUACACUAAAUGGACAAUUUUUAGUACAUUGCGCAACUAACGAUGACGUUUUUGUGUGUGACAUCCGUAUAAACGUUUUUAAAGUUUAUAAAUCGAUAAUUCACAGAUGGCUACACGACUUGGCCUGAUUGCCAAGAUGUCUGAACACCUGUAAACGCCACGAUGACAUUUCAAAGAUGGCGGCGCUCUUCACACCUCAAAUUUGAAUAAACGGAUUAGGAGGCCAACCGUGAUGUCUUCGUCCAGCUUCUUUGAACGUUAUUAUUUUAUUUUUUUGAUAAAAGUGUAUAGCACGGCAUCUUACAAACUGAUGAAAGCAGCUCUGGUGACAACAAGCAACUGGAUCUACACAAUCGUAUGACAAACAGCUCUUAUCUACGUGUCUCAGGAUGUCUCCAAAGAAGAACUCAUCCAUUUGAAGGACGCCACAUACUCACCUUGAAAACAUUCCAGCCAAAAAUGAAAGCCCACACGCUGCUGUUUUGGAUUUUUGCUGUGCCCGCGCACACAAUUGUGCUUCAGCCAAAUCUGAAUGUAUCAGUCCUGCACUAUGUAUCCGCAGAGAGUGACCUUUUCGGAGAGCUGAGAAUAAAUCUGUCAAGUUUUAACACAAAAGAGGAGCGGCAAAAUGAAGAGGUCACAGAUACUUUAACAGCCACUGUUCAAUAUAAGAGCGAUGGAGAAAAUGACAUGAUGAAUAUGAAAAUAAAGGAAACUGGAAGUGAUGUCACGCAAAGACCGAACCAGGAAGAACAAGAAACAUCGGAUCCAAUCCACAAGGACAACAAAGUGGACCAAAUAACAGAUGAACCCGUCCUCUCUGCAUUGAAUUCCUCAUAUACACAAACAGUGGAGUUCGAGGAACAUCUUGUACCAUUUGCACAAACUGUCAAUCAUUAUACCACUCCCCCUCCGAAGACCGCUGCAUCUCAAUCUGCUCCGAAAGAAUCAGUCCAAGCUAUUCCACAACCAUCGUUCCCUUCAAUACCACAAAAUCCAGCAACGACUGCAAGCACAUCCGUAUCCAAAACUACAGUUGCCAUCCCAAAGCAUGAUAUUCCCACCCCAGCUGUUGAUACAUUACUAAUAAAUGCCAGCCACACAAGUGAUGAUGUCAUAGUGGAGCUACAUGUUGUGAACAACUCAAAACUCCGCCUGCUGGAGGAGACGAGCAUCAAUUCCACUGGUGUUGCAGCGAGGGCCGGUCCCAUUGCCAAAGCUCUGCCUGGUGUUUUAAAGGUCAAACCUAAAAACAUGACCUCGGGUACCAAACCCAAAGGCAGUAAAGUGAAGACAAAGCCAAAAAAGCUUAGGAAGAAAGAAAGAGGAAAGGAGAAUAAAACAAAAACGUUGAGAAAAGGAAAUAAAGGAAGAAAGGAGAAAAAAUUGAAGGCAACGAGUGAUUCACAUUUUCCGUAUUUUGAAGAUAACUACUGUCCUCCAGUAUGUUCCUGUUAUGGGAGGGUGGUCCAGUGUUCGGACAAACAUCUGGACAAAAUACCUUACGGAAUACCGUACAACUCCCGUUACAUUCUUUUGAUGAACAACCGCAUCGACAGCAUUCAGUCGAACCUGCUCUCUCUCUACGAAUCCAUGGAGUUCCUGGUGCUCACCAACAACAAUUUAAUAGAUGCUGUGAUCGAGGGGGCCUUCGAGGGCAUUCAGAGCUUAAAGAGGCUAUACAUGGAGCGUAACCUUCUCCAGAGCGUCCCCACCGACCUGCCUGGUUCUCUGGAGGAGCUACGGAUGGACGGGAACCAGCUGAGCAGGAUAUCUGGAGUAGCCAUGAGUCGCUGCCCAAACCUGCUAAUACUCAGUAUAAGUAACAACAGUCUUGGUAACAACUCGUCCGUCGUCCCUCCAGGAGUUCUUCUUCCGCUGGGUAAAUUGCGUACGCUUACUCUUACCAAUAACCGCCUUACCUCCGUCCCCCUGCAGUUGCCACUCAGUCUCCGAGAACUCUAUCUUCGUGGCAACCUCAUCCAGCGUCUCCAAGGUGAUAUUUUCUGGGGAGAGGCGGAGCUCCAGGUGCUGGAUCUAAGUGCAAAUAGACUGAGCAAUAAAGGUCUUGGGAAAGCAUCGCUACUGAAUGCCAGUCGCCUAGAAAGUUUAAAUUUAGAAGGUAACUUAUUGAAACAGGUUCCACGGCAUUUGCCUCGCAGCAUCAAAACCCUCAACUUAGAAGGAAACUUCAUCUCGAGCAUUAGCAAGGAUGCGUUUAUCUCACUGCCGCAGUUGGAGCACCUGGGCCUGGCACGAAAUAAGAUCACCAAGGUGGCCGUUGGUGCCUUCAGGGUUCUUCCGCUUUUGCAUCAGCUGGAUGUGAGUCACAACGCCUUGCGACAGGUACCGCGGCAACUACCGUUGUGGCUUCACUCCGUCACGUUGAAGCACAACAAGAUCCGCACGGUUCCGCGUGAUGCGUUCUGUUGGGGUCGAGGCGACGGGUCACCACUUAGCCGUCUGGUCAGAGUGCAGCUGGAAAAUAACAUGAUAGAUUUGGGCCACCUGGACACGCAGGCCUUCCGAUGCCUGAGGGGCGUUCAGGUGGUGCAGUUUUACUGAACUUAUGGGUGGAAGCGGAAUUUACAGGUUCUAGUUUUUAUUUUGUGUCUUGUUUUGGUUUUCCAUUAGCGCUUGAGAGCGGGAUCUGUCAAAUGAGGUGCCGGAUAGGAUUUCAGAGGUGCCGGUGUCGUAUCAAAAUCUGACUCCCCGUAAGAUUAUGACUCCCCUGUUUUCCACUAUAAAGUUUAGGAUAAGGUGUGGGGGCUGGCUUUAGAGAUAGGGACAAAUCACAAAGCAGCAUCUUAAGUGAAUUAACUACACCUGUAGGAUCUGGAUCCGUUUUUUUCCGGCACAA